CGGAGGUAGAGGCCAAUAUGAGAAGAAGCGUUUGAAUGUACGUGUGUGCCUUACAUGUUGCUUUGUGUGGUGGGGAUGAGGAAUCGUUUGCUGUUGAGCAUUACAAGAUACGAUUAAUGUCACAUGGAAUGUCGGUUCUUUUGGCAUGGCAAUGGAACUCUGGGGAAACGAGGUCUUGACUGCCGAGACUUCAUCGCAAGACAUUUCGGACGCUCUAAAAUACCUCCUCGAAUGGCCUGCUAUGGCCUGCACAGCAACCCAUAGCUCUACUGCCAAGUAAAACUGCUAGCUGUCCCAACACCACGUGACACACGCCUUGAUCUUUCAUGUGGCCUCCAAUUCAAACUCCCACCUUGCCCAUGCACAGAGACCCAGCAUUUCCCACACACUCCAAAAGCAAUGAACCUCAUACUUGCUACAAUCCUAGCCGCCAUCAUCGCCUACUUUUGGUUAUCAACUACGAGCACCGCACCAGCUGAAUCCUCCUUACCCAUCAAGGCAUCCACAGCAAAGAAACGCAAAAAGACCAAAAAGCCAAAAGAUGCCAAAUCCAGCGAACAAAAACAAAAGGAUCCCGAAAAGACUAUAGUUGCCUCACUAGUACCUACCCCACCUGCACCUACACCCACACCGGUAACCACACCACACACACCCGAUAUGCCCCAAGACACUGAUGAACCCAUACCCACUUCCCGCGUUCUCCUCGUCAAACGAUCUGACCCAGAUCUGGUGGCUUCAGAAGUGGAAGAGGGGUGGGAAAUGGUGGCUGUUCCAUCAAAGAAAAAAGCAAGUAAAACAGAGAAUCACGUACCCAUCGCGUCCCAAGAUCCAACAAAACUGACCAAAAAGCAGCGGGAAAAUCUUCGCAAGGCGGCUCGGAUCAAAGAGUCCAAGCAAGCGCUCCAGGAAGAGCAAGAGUCUCGGUUGAAGGGGUAUCGGAGGGAACAGGAGAAUGCGUGGCUUAAGCGGGAGAUUGCAAAAGAUCAGCAGAAACGGAGUAAACAAGUACGAACAGAGUGGGAGGGGCAGGGGAUUUGGUAGUAGUCGGAUGAGCGUGGAUUGUGAAAUGGGUGAAAAGUGUGUUUUGUAUAUAUGGUAUCUGUUUCUAUUCGCACUAUUUUGAAUAUUCAACUGCGGCGUUGCUCAAUUUGGAAAAACAAAACA